CUGAGGGUUAGGGGACUCAGGUGGGCUAGGGACUCAGCAUACCAAGGGCACAAGUCUAAUUCCCUUUGAAAAGCCAGAUGCCCCAUCCCAACUCCUUGCCCUAUUGGCAGGCAUCCUGCUUCUUCAGGAAUCUUGCCCCAGGGCAUGAAUUUUCUGUGCUCAGCACAGGGGCUACAGAAGUCAGGGUUCUUCCUGGAGCCAAGGCAGGAAGACUGCCUUCAGGGGCUAAGAGAACCCUGGCCCAAGCCAAACUGAGGCUGCAAGCCUUCCUCAAUCAUGAACCAAAAGACCAGAGGAUGGGAUGGGGCCCGGGUGGGUGCUAUGCUGACCUGGGAAGCAGGACCAGCAUCUCCUGGCCUGAACUCAGUCCUCUUGAGCUCAGUGACCAAGUCCAGCCUAAACCUGGGAAGGGAAAGGUUUGUGGGAUGGGGGUGGGGGAAUAUUUUAUCCUUCCCUACUCUGUCUUCAGGUCAAUGUGGAGGUAUUGCCGGGUCUGGGCCACCAUGCUUAGUCUCAAGCUACCGCAGCUCCUUCAAGUCCACCAAGUCCCCAGGGUGUUCUGGGAAGAUGGCAUCAUGUCUGGCUACCGUCGCCCCACCAGUUCAGCCUUGGACUGUGUCCUCAGCAUCUUCCAGCUGACCAACGAGACGGUCAACAUCUGGACUCACUUCCUGCCCACCUGGUACUUCCUCUGGCGGCUGCUGGCGCUGGCGGGGGUCCCGGGCUUCAGCGAGGAGCCGUACCACUGGCCACUGCUGGUCUUCCUGCUGCCCGCCUGCCUCUACCCCUUCGCGUCGUGCUGCGCGCACACCUUCAGCUCCAUGUCGCCCCGCGCCCGGCAUAUCUGCUACUUCCUGGACUACGGCGCGCUCAGCCUCUACAGCCUGGGCUGCGCCUUCCCUUACGCCGCCUACUCCAUGCCGGCCUCCUGGCUGCACAGCCGCCUGCACCGGCUCUUCGUGCCCGCCGCGGCGCUCAACUCCUUCCUGUGCACCGGCCUCUCCUGCUACUCGCGGUUCCCGGAGAUAGAGAGUCCUGGGCUUAGUAAGGCCCUCCGCACAGCCGCCUUCGCCUACCCCUUCCUGUUUGACAACCUCCCGCUCUUCUACAGGCUCGGGCUGUGCUGGGGCAAGGGCCGCAGCUGCGGGCCGGAGACGCUGAGCGCCAGCCACAGCCACCACCUCCUCUGCGCGCUGCUCACCGGCUUCCUCUUUGCUUCACGCCUGCCUGAGCGGCUGGCGCCUGGACGCUUUGACUACAUAGGCCACAGCCACCAGCUCUUCCACAUCUGUGCAGUACUGGGCACCCACUUCCAGCUGGAGGCUGUGCUCGCCGAUAUGGGAUCUCGCCGAGCCUGGCUGGCCUCACAGGAGCCUCCACUAGGCCUGGAGGGCACAGUAGCCACACUGGGUGUGGCAGUCGCUGGAAACCUGCUCAUCAUUGCUGCCUUCACUGCCACCUUGCUUCAGGCCCCUAGCACCUGCCCCCUGCUGCAAGGUAGCCCACUGGACGGAGGAUCCCAAGCUAAACAGCAGUAAACAGCAUCUCUGACCCUGGCCUGGAGGGAAGCAGAGGCCUGGUCCCAGUACUGUAAAGAUACCCAGAGCUGGGCCUGAGUUGGGGACAUCUCAGAGCCGAGUGUGGCCGAGGACAGGCAAAGGAGAUGGGGCAGAGAAGAGGGAGGCCAAAGGACUGGCAGAGAUGGAGAGGGACCCAAGGGGGCUUCUGAUGGAGUGGAGGAAGUGCUGGAGGUCUGUGAGGGGAGACUGCGUGUUCAGGCUGGGGCUGUAGGGAGGGAGGCACUGGGGCUCUUCCUCCUGCCCUGCUUCUGGUGCUCUUCAAGUAUUUUCAGCCCAGGGAGAACUGACACGACUAACCUGAGCCACCCUGAAAGCUUCUUAAUUUGGCCUGGGGGGCGGGGGCGGGCACACACCCUUGCCCCUGCCCACCUCCAAGGCUAGUUUGCACCCAACGUGCUCGCAGCCUUUUGCUAGAGAUGACUUUGUCCUAGUCACAACUAUUUGCAAGGUGUCCAGGGCUUU